AGAAGAGUAGGCAGCCAUAGAUUGGAAUUAAGAUAUCCAUGCCAACUCAUCUUUAAAUUAUAUCAUUAAUAUUUUUCAGCCUCAUAUAUUAUAUGAUCAGUCAAAAUUAACUGCACAAAAAUAUUGAAAUAAUUGUCUAUAAAUGCACACAUAAGUAAUUAAUUAAUAAUCAUCAAGCCAAUCACAAAUACAAACAAGAAAACCAACACACACACACACACACCAAAAACAAAAGUACUUACGAAGAUGUCUGAUGAAUGCAAAGGUAAAGAAUCGUGGCCCGAGUUGGUCGGGGUACCUGGAAAUGUCGCUGUAGCAACAAUUGAGAGGGAGAACCCUUUGGUGAAUGCGGUUAUUGUACCACCUGGAAAUUCUGUUAUUACUGAUUUUCGAUGCGAUCGCGUGUGGGUGUUUGUCGACGACAAUGGCAAUGUUAAAGACGUUCCUUUUAUUGGUUAAUUAUUAUUAUAAUUAUUGGGGUUGGAAUUAAUAAAACAUCAUGUAUGUAUGUAUGGUGUGAAACUACUAAUAAAAACUAUUAAUGGGUGUAUUAAUGAAGAUAUAUAGUACUUAUGUAUGAUCUUGUAUGUGUUUUUAUGUCAAUAAAUGUAGAAGAUGUUGUUCCUUUA